UUGGAGCGAGUUGCACACACACAGACACGCACACUCAGAAAACACACUCCACAGAGCAAGGGAUCCUAAGGAACUGCUGAAGAACCCAGUCACGUAGGGGGGAUAGACCAGACAAAGCCACCAAGAUGUGUGACAUGGGGGGAUUGGAUAACCUGGUGGCCAACACGGCCUACCUGAAAGCCCAGGGUGGCGACGACAAGGAGAUGAAAAAGCGUCGUCGGAGUUUGUCACUGCCCCUGGCCGAGCAGUGUGCCACCAUCCGGACUACCAUUGAUAAGAACUUUGAGUCGCUCUGUGAGAGGCAGCCAAUCGGCAAGAAGUUCUUCCGGCAGUUCCUGACUGCUACCCCAGAGUACAUCAAUGCCGCUGAGUACCUAGACGAGCUGAAUGACUGGGAUCUGGCGGAAGGUGCUGACAAGGAUAAGCAGAGGGCGAACAUGAUGAAAAAGUUUUGCAAGGCCGACUCCAAUAACUUUCUGACCUACCUCACUGGGGAGGUAGCCGACAAGUGUAAGGCAGUGACGGACAAUGACUUUGACGAAGUGAUGAAUGUCAAGGUGAAGGAAGCCACACGGGAGUUUCUGAAAGACAAGCCCUUCACGGACUACCAAACUAGCCCCUUCUUUGACAAAUUCCUGCAGUGGAAGGAGUACGAGAAGCAGCCCAUCAGUGAUAAAACCUUUUAUGAGUUCAGAACUCUGGGUAAGGGAGGUUUCGGAGAGGUAUGUGCCGUACAGGUGAAGAACACAGGCCAGAUGUACGCCUGCAAGAAGCUGUGCAAGAAGCGCCUGAAGAAGAAACAUGGUGAGAAGAUGGCCCUGCUGGAGAAGCAGAUCCUGGAAAAGGUCAACAGCCUGUUUCUUGUCAACCUGGCCUACGCCUAUGACACCAAGACCCACCUGUGCCUUGUCAUGACCCUGAUGAACGGCGGUGACCUCAGGUACCACAUCUAUUACGUCAGUGAGAAGACCAAGGGUAUUGAGAUGGCACGCAUCAUCUACUACACAGCGCAGAUCUGCACAGGCAUUCUUCAUCUGCAUGAAAUGGAUAUCAUAUAUCGUGACAUGAAGCCCGAGAACGUGCUGCUGGACAGCUUUGGCCAGUGCCGACUCUCUGAUCUGGGUCUGGCCGUGGAGCUACCUGCUGGAAAGACCAUCUCCCAGAAGGCUGGAACCGGAGCAUACAUGGCCCCUGAGAUCCUGAACGAAGUUCCCUACAGGACAUCGGUGGACUGGUGGGCGCUGGGAUGCAGUAUUUAUGAGAUGGUGGCUGCCUACACCCCGUUCAAGGGUCCCGAAUCCGGGAAGCAGAAGGUGGAGAAGGAGGAGGUGCAACGUCGCAUAUGCAAAGAGGAACCCCCAUGGGAGCACAAGAACUUUGACGCGCCCACCAAAACCAUCAUCCAGGAGUUCCUCAAGAAGAAUAUUGAUGAACGCCUGGGCUGCAAGGGAGGAGGUGAGGACCCCCGUAAGCACGAGUGGUUCAAGUCCAUCAACUUUCCUCGUCUGGAGGCUGGUUUGAUCGACCCCCCUUGGGUGCCCAAGCCCAACGUGGUCUAUGCCAAGGACACUGGCGACAUCGCUGAGUUCUCCGAGAUUAAGGGCAUUGUGUUCGACGCCAACGACGAGAAGUUCUUCAAGGAGAUUGGCACGGGAGCCGUGGCCAUUCCGUGGCAACAGGAGAUGAUCGAUACGAACCUGUUUGACGAGCUGAACGACCCCAACAGGAAAGAGUGUGCUGGGGGUGAUGACGGGGAGGGGAAGUCUGGCACGUGCACAUUGCUGUGAACAGUCAAGCCUGGCACAUAUAUACACCGAAACAUGGCACCAAUACAUCAACUGAUUCGCUCAUGUUCUGUAAAAUUAUUGUAAAACAUUACACACAGAAAUAAUUGAACAAAAUGCAUCGGAGAACAGCAGGAGAGAGAUGAGGUAUCCUUCACUGGACCUGGUCGAUUGCCAUUGAUUUUAGUAAUAUGGGUUGAACGUUCCCUGAGCUUCCAAACACAUAGGAGAGUAAAGGUGGCUUUACCAAGAUUGGUAUUGGUAGUCUCUUCAGAUUGCAGCUACUCCCAGAUGUUUCUCAUGAUGUAUUAGUGCCCUCCUGGCCAACAGGGGUCGUAAGAUUAAAAUAUAACAAAUUCAUAUUGUGGGUAAAACAUUUUUUUAAAUGAUUAAUGGAUAAACACAGGCCUCUGUUUACAUACAGCCUGCAUCAGAAAGAUGUGUGUAUGUAGACUGCAGUGCUAGCCCUAGGCCUGAAACCUAGGCAUUGGCCACAAUGGAGCACGGUAUGCUGAAUUGACUAGUUUGGGAAUAUGGUUGGGAUCUCAUUCUUGAUUGUGUUCCAUUAAUUGAAUUUGAUAGAGGCCACAUUUUAUUCAACCGUCCCCCCGUCCCGUCCCCGUCCCCCGUCCCGUCCCCGUCCCCCACACCGAGAUUCCUUUUGUCUCUCUAAAGGCAGAGGUGAUAACUUUUUUUUUGUUGUCAAAUAUUUCAAGAGAUCAAUGUCUGUAUGGACACAGAUUUUACUAACCUUUAGUCGAUCACUAAAUUUCCAAGCAGAUGCACUUUCCAAGCUAGCAUCUAGUUUUAUUUCAAAACGAUGUUGUAUAUGAAUAUAAAUAUGUAUAUCUAUGCAUUGACAUGGGGAGAAAUCCACAGAUUAGGUGCUAGUCAGGACUUGAUGAAUGCUCAACUCUCAUUGGGCUGUGAAGGUUCUAUGCCCUGGUUUCUCAGGAGAGAGGAAUGGAAUGUAGAGAAAAUCCAGUGGGAUUCUAUAUUCGAAGAUUGAACAUUGAGAGGAGUUGGGCUUGGCCAACAAUGUGUUCCUGUACCAGGAAUAUCUAUUUGUCCCUCCCCCCAAUGCUUCCAUUCAUGUGAUUUGUCUGAAGUUCGAGAUACAUGUACAAAUCUAAAGUUAGAAUCUAGUUAGCUUGCUAGCUUUCAAAACUUUUAACAAAGAAAAUCACAGUUCCCUUGUUUGUUGCCUCAGGGUUAAGACUUAUUUCAUAUAAUAAUAACAAUCAUAUAUUAUUAUUAUAUAACUUUAAAUAGACUAAUUUUAUUAUAUUAUACUAUCAAUAUCAAUAUCAUAAACAUACUUGUAAAUAUAAUUUGAGAGGAAAACAUUACAUAUGCUACUCUAUGUCAGUCAUUUAUCAGGGACUUGCUUGAAUCUUGAAUUAUUUGAAUAAAAAUAUGUCU